GAGGAAAAUACAAGGAGACAGGGCUCAGGGUGGUGGGUAGGAACUAUUUUAAUUAAGGUUUUUAUUUUACAAAUCUUGUGGUUUACAGAGAAGUUGUGGAGACCAGGGAGAGUUCCCAUGUGACCUCCCAUGUCCAUUCCCGUGGCAUGCUUGUCACAAUCAAUGCACCCAUAAUAUGCUGUCAAAACUUCCCCUAGAUUCCUGAGUUUUCCCAUGACCUUCGCUGCCCCUUGUCACACAACACCCGCCCCCAAGCAGGACCACACACAGCAGGUGGCCCGCACUUCUCCCCUGGGUCCCCUCCAGGGCACAUCGCAGCAUGCAGACCUCGGGUCUUCUUGGGUCUCAGAUCCCCUUGCCUGACACCUUUGGCUGUCAGUCAGGUAUGUUGUAGGAGACCCUUCUGGAACUUGUCUCCUGUUGCCUCAUGGUCAUCUGGGUUGAAGUUUAGGAGGAAAGGCAGCAGGAACAGUCCCUUCUCACAUCAUAGCAAGGUCCAUGCUCUCAACUGGCUUUUCACUGCGGGUGGAACCUGGCCCUGACCUGAGGUGACAUCUACAGGUUCCACUCUCCCCUCCUUGCUACAACGUUCUUGAAGGGGCGCUCUGGGCAUCCAGCCCUGAGGAACGGAGAGUUGGGCUCCUCUCCUGGAGGGCACAGUGGCUGCAAAACUACUUAGAAUUCUCCCCCAUUUAAUUAUUCAAUCAUUUGUAUCAGUGGGGACUCAUUUUAUACUGUGGUAAUAAUCUAUAACCCAAUCUCUAUUACUACUUUAUUCACUCUACUUCCUAAAAUGACCUGGCUUCAGACACAGGGAGCUCUUCGGUGAGCUCCUGCAUUGCUUUGCAUGUCCCUGUCAGCAUGUGUGUGUGUGCACACACACUAGCACCUCCUUAGUCUGGCACCACCUGGUGCUCCAGAUGUGUUUUCUUUCCUGAAAACCUCCUGCCCUGGAACCAGCCAUUUCUGUUUCUCUGAGCCCAGUUCCCUUUACUGGGGAGUGGGAUAGAGGUGUGUUAAGGGAUGUGCUAAGAGAGGUGUUAAGGGAGUGUUAAGGGAUGUUUUUUAUUUAGGCCUUUCAGCUGACAGGCAAGGAAAUACAGAGCCCUGUACAUGCACGUGUGUGUCUGUGACAUUCUCUAGGAAACCACCCGUGCCCAGCUUUAGCUGAAGGAGGGCUCAGAUCCAUGUCUCCAAUGCUAACCUGUAACCACGUGGAACAUGCCAGCCCCUGCUGUUGCCUGUCUAUAGCCCCCACACAGUGAGGACUGAGGCCCUUCCCAUUCCCCAAGGUUCAGUCCCCAUGUGCAAGCAGAGGUGUGUGUGUUUGUGGUGGAGGGGCAUAAGUGUGUGCAGGGUCAGCAUGCCAGGGGUACAGCAGAGGCCCUGGAGGGGUGGGCUUGGCCCAUGAGCAGCAAGAUGGGGGUGCAGGUCCUUGGUGCUGGGGGCAGAUGUGCUUGGCAUUUUACUCCAAAGGCUAGAGAGACCGCAGAGCUCAAAAAGGUCCGUGGGCUUCCUAAGGUAUCUGCAGAGUGAGUGCAGGCCCUGCAGGGUCACAUCCAGGGUUUGCUGAUGGGCCCAAAGGAGUGCGAAGCAGAGAGCUGUCCAGGACAGGCCCGCCUGUGUUAGAAGCUGCUCUGGGGGGAGAUAUUUGGGACUGGUCCUCUGGAGUUUUCGGCGCCUGCCAAUGUCCAUGUGCCUGGUCAGGAGGCCGUACUGGCUGAAGGUGUGGAUUUGGGGACACCUUCUAUGGCACUGAGACCAGGGUGGGGAUCUUCCAGGCCAGAACUGAUCAGUGCCAGCCCCCUGACCACGGAAUGACUGUGCAUGUGUGACACAGGCCCUGCACACAGGUAUGCAGCAUGUGGACAUACACCCUGGUCUGAUGAGCCAGAGCUUUUGCCCCUACCCAGAGGCUGCCUGAACUCCCCCACGUCGCUGGGGGGAGGGAAAGAGGAGGUUCGCCCUCUCCCCACUCUUGCUGCCCAGGAUGACCCCUCAGCUGACUGCCCGCAGGGCCACUCUCAUCUGCCCUCUUCCUCACAUGUCUGGUCUCUGGGGCCCUGACUGCACCUGCACAAGCCCCCAGGGCACAGCGCCAUCCCUCACCCCCAAGGCAGGAUCCAACCCAUGCAGAGUUAGAGCCCGUGUGGCAAGUCCCCUGCCACGUCUCCUGAGUUUGUCUUGGGCUUGGGGAGAGCAUGUCCACCAUGGGAAUUAGCAAACACGAUACCAAAGCUUUCCCCAGAGAACCAGUUAAUACUAACCCCAAAGCCCAGGUCAGGUCUGCCUGCAACCAAGACUCCUCCCCCCACCCAUGUGUUGGGAGGGAGGGAAGAGAUGGGGGCUGCUCUGCCACCCCCUUUCUGGGUUCCUGCGGGUGGCGGUGGCUGAGGCCUCAGCCUCCUGUGAUGUGGGACUGUCAGGUCAGGGCCAAAAUAGGUCCUGGAAGCGAGUGGAGGUUGGCCCUGAGGAGGAACAGCCAGCCUCAGGCCUGAGGGGUGCAGCUGUGAAUGCCUGCCUGAGACAGAGCAAGGGAGGAAGCUCCCCAGAGGGCUGGGCCUGUGCCCAUCUGUACCUGUGUCUGCGCAUGCAUGAGUGCAUGUGCACACGAGUGUGCAUGUAUGUCUAUGUACAUGUCUCUGAGUGUGUGCAUGUGUCUGGUGACUGAGUGUGCAUGUGUCUGUGAGUGCAUUGUACACCUGUAUGCAUGUGUGAGUGUUUGCACAUGUGAGGUAGCUGCAUGUGCAGGAAUAUAUUUGCACACAUUUAAGUAUGCAUCUGUCUGAGUAUGUAUAUAUGUAUGCACUUGGAAGGUAACUGCGUAUGCAUGAGGAAAUGUUUAUACAUGUUCACACACGUGAGUGCAUGUAUGUCUGAGUCUGUACACCUGUAUGCAUGUAUGUGUCUGAGUAAACAUGUGGGUGUGCAUCUGUGUUUGCACUGUACAUGUGUAGCUCUGAGAUGGGCUGUGCACACAGAUGUGAGGAAGUGGGGUCACUUCCCCAGGAACCCCCGCUGCCCCCUCUUCCUUUACCCACCCUCCCUGGCCCAGGGGAGAGGCCCCAACUGCAUAAAGAGGGCCCGGGAGCCCGCCUGUCUCUGCUGCUCCAUCUCACAUCUGCCCACACUGCUGCCCAGGCCCAUUCCAGGAGGGAGGGGGCCAGAAGCGUUGGGCACUCAGGAGUCUCCUGCCCCAAAUUAUCCAGGUGCAGGUACUGGCCUUAGCUGUGGAGGAGGGAAGGGGGUGACUGGGAGGUGCAGCUCCUCCCUGCAGGCACAGGGGGCGAGAGUUAUGUGUCCCUGCCUGCAGAGCCCCUUCUCCUGGGCACAGGCCCACCCAGGGGUCAGCUGUUCUGGGAAGGGCACUGGUCUGGGAAUAUGCUGAGUGGCCUGUGGCUGUCUCUGAGUGUCACGAGUGCCUUAUGGUAACUGUGCGCCUUGCUGGACACAGUCCCACCCUAGACAGACACCUGGCCUCACCCUGCCCUCCAACCUGGGACUUCCAAGCUGUGACUGCAGAGGACACAAGGGUGCCCAUCAGAGAAAGGAGCAGCCCAGAGGGUCCAGUGGCAGCACCUGGUGCAGCUGGACUUGGGGGGAGGGUCCUGCUCCCCUGUCCCUAUGACCAACAUGAGCUGGAGCUUCCUGACGCGGCUGCUGGAGGAGAUCCACCACCACUCCACGUUCGUGGGGAAGGUGUGGCUCACAGUGCUUGUGGUCUUCCGCAUCGUGCUCACGGCUGUGGGCGGCGAGUCCAUCUACUCCGACGAGCAGACCAAAUUCACGUGCAACACGCGCCAGCCAGGCUGUGACAACGUCUGCUACGACGCCUUCGCCCCCCUGUCCCACGUGCGCUUCUGGGUGUUCCAGAUCGUGGUCAUCUCCACGCCCUCUGUCAUGUACCUCGGCUAUGCUGUGCACCGCCUAGCCCGCGCUGCGCAGGAUGAGCGCCGUCGCGUGCCCCGCCGCCGCCCGGGGCCCCGUGUGCCCCUACCGAUGCCCCCGCAGUCCCAUCCCAGCUGGCCUGAGCCCACCAACCUGGGCGAGGAGGAGCCCAUGCUGGGCCUGGGCGAGGAGGAUGAGGAGCCAGGGGCAGCUGAGGGCCUGGGAGAGGAGGACGAGCCUGAGGACAUGGGCGCGGCCAAGGGCGCCGGCAGGGACACCAAGACGGCGGUGCCCCCGGGCCCCAAUGGGCCACACGACGGGCGGCGGCGCAUCCAGCGAGAGGGCCUAAUGCGUGUGUACGUGGCCCAGCUAGUGGCGCGGGCUGCUUUCGAGGUGGCCUUCCUGGUGGGUCAGUACCUGCUGUAUGGCUUCGAGGUGCCGCCUUUCUUCCCGUGCAGCCGCCGGCCUUGCCCGCACGUGGUCGACUGCUUCGUGUCAAGGCCUACGGAGAAGACGGUCUUCCUGCUGGUCAUGUACGUGGUCAGCUGCCUCUGCCUGCUGCUCAACCUCUGCGAGAUGGCGCACCUGGGCCUGGGCAGCGCACAGGACGCGGUGCGCGCCCGUCGCCCCGCGCCCGCCGCCCUUAGCCCCGCGCUAAGCCCGCCACCCUGCCUGCCUCCCGCCGCGCCUGCGGGUCUGGCCUGCCCGCCUGACUACAGCCUGGUGGUGCGCGCGGCAGAGCGCGCGCGCGCCCACGACCAAGACCUGGCCAGCCUGGCGCUGCGGGCGCUGCGGGAUGGCCAGGCGCUCGGGGACCGGGACAGCCCGCCCAGCCCGGGCCUCCCCGGGGCCGCUCGGGGCCCCCCGAGGGCCGGUGCGCCAGCUUCCGGGUCUGGCAGUGCUACGUCAGGGGGCACAGGCGGGGGCGGGGGCCAGGGUCGGGCGGGCACUAAGCCCAGGGCGGGCUCAGAGAAGGGCAGUGCCAGCAGCAGGGAGGGGAAGACCACGGUGUGGAUCUGAGGCCCCGCACACACUGCUUCCAGUCCUCCGUCCACUCCAGGCACAGGGUGGGAGCUGGGGACUGGACGCAGAGCACCUUCUGCCGCCGCCGCUUCCUCGCCUCCUCCGCAUCCUCGGCCCACCGCUCUCCUCCUUGGGAGGGGCGGGAGGGGGAAGGGCACCUCCUGCUCAGCAUCACUGCCCGUUCCCCGCUGAGCCCCCUCUCUGUCCCGGGUAAGAGGGGAAGGGCAGGCCUGGCCACCACGAAAUGUCCCCAGUUCCGAUUCAUAAACCCCGGAGUGUGAGCGGGACUGUAGCUAGAUCAUUGCCCCUCCCCAUGCCUCCUCCAGGGCCACCUUGAGGCACCCUGGCCAGGAUGCCCAGCCCGUCCCUCAGAGCUUCGCUGGGACCCGGCUAGUGCCUCAGGACAAGGGCUUAGGAUUGAGUGCCCCCCUUCCCUGCUCUCCUAUAGCAGUCCGGAUGUGCUGCCCAUGGGUGACUGGCCUGGGUGUUGGGGGGUACUGUGCUGUCCUUACUUUCUGCAGUAGCCAAUGGAGCUCCUUCCCCAGCACCCCAUCCUCCAGCCCCCAGCCCACUGUUGGUUUCUGCAGAGCCAGGAGCAUUCCUGGGACUUCCUUGUGCAGUAAAGGAAACAGGCAGAGUGGGCAGAGGCCCCUGAGCGCAGCCCUGGGCUGUACCUCCUCCCCACUCAACCCUCUGGGGCCCAGAUGGUGAGCUGCUCAUCCUCCUGCGAGAGUGGGCCUGUCUCCUGUCCCGUUUCCUACCCAUAGAGCUGGGCUGAGGCCCUGGAAAGCUGGGGUGGAUACCCCCUGUUUCCUGCCCAUACAGCUGGGCUGGGGCCCUGGAAAGCUGGGGUGGACAUGGCCACGCCCUCUUAAAUUUUGCUGCAGCCUGGCAGAGCCCUCCUCUGGGACAGACUUGGAGUUCCACAAAGACCUUGGUCUGCCUUGCUGCUGGGACCAACAUGGUGGUGGCCAGAGGCUGCAGCUUGGUGGUGCUUGGGGAAGAGGCGCCAGGCUCCUGCCCAGGGCCACCCUGCCCUCAGGCCCCCUUCCUGAUUUAGGCACAGCCUCCCAAACAAAGGGCAUAAAAUAAUAAACUAACUUUUGUU